UAAAAUUUUUGGACACGUUAGAUGGCACAAAAAAAAUAAACAUAUAAAAACGACAUGUCGUAUUGGACAAAUAAAUGAGAGUUUCGAGACCUGCCCCCUGGCUUUGUUUUCGUCGUUAUUGUCAGUGUAGCCCCCGCCAUACACUAUUUGCCAGGAUUCCACCGUUUCCAAAUCCACACACAGUACCAAUAAAAAGGUAAUUGAAUAACAAAACCAAGUCUUUGUGCAAUUCAAAGACACCCCAGAUUGAAAUAAAAGUAAGAUCUUUUUAGUUUUCUCUGGGAGACUUUGUGUUUCUUUUUGGUUUUGUGGAGUUUGAACGUAACGGUUAAAAAGGAGAAAACUUUAAAGGGUUCAGUUUAAAUGGCUCUGAACUUGUUAUCCCCAGCUGAAGUGAAGGCUCUCUCCUUUUUGGAGUCCACCAAGUCCAGCCGCUUCCCUAAGCUGUGUCCAGGUGGAAUUACUUUGCAUAGAAAGGAUUGCAGAGUACCACUUAGAAGAAUAGUUCAUUGUUCGGUGCAGCUACCUCCUCCAGCUUGGCCAGGAAGAGCUAUUCCAGAGCAAGGCCUCUGUAAUUGGGAUGUCCCAAAGCCUAUAUCUAUUCUUGGCUCUACUGGUUCUAUAGGAACUCAGACACUGGACAUUGUGGCAGAGAAUCCAGAUAAAUUCAGAGUAGUGGGACUUGCAGCUGGUUCGAAUAUAACUCUUCUUGCAGAUCAGAUCCAUUUGCAGAUCAUUCUAAGCGGGCCACUGAGAAGAUCCAUUUGCAGCCAACUGUGUGUUUGCCAAGAGGUGAAGAGAUUCAAGCCUCAAAUAGUUGCUAUUAGAAAUGAAUCAUUAAUUGGUGAACUAAAAGAGGCCUUAGCUGAUGUGGAAGAAAUGCCCGAAAUUAUUCCUGGGGAACAAGGAGUGAUUGAGGUUGCCCGGCACCCAGAUGUAGUCACAGUCGUUACAGGAAUAGUAGGUUGUGCUGGAUUACAGCCUACAGUUGCUGCAAUUGAGGCAGGUAAAAACAUAGCUUUAGCCAAUAAAGAGACCCUGAUUGCUGGAGGUCCUUUCAUCCUUCCUCUAGCUCACAAGCAUAAGAUAAAAAUUCUUCCUGCCGAUUCAGAACAUUCGGCAAUAUUUCAGUGUAUCCAGGGCUUGUCUGAUGGCGCACUGCGGCGGAUCAUUUUGACAGCAUCUGGGGGAGCUUUCAGAGAUUGGCCGGUUGAAAAGCUAAAAGAAGUUAAGGUUGCUGAUGCUCUGAAGCAUCCAAACUGGAGUAUGGGAAAGAAAAUCACUGUUGAUUCUGCUACCCUUUUCAAUAAGGGUUUAGAAGUCAUUGAAGCCCAUUAUCUAUUUGGAGCAGACUAUGACAAUAUUGACAUUGUAAUUCAUCCACAGUCUAUUAUACACUCUAUGAUUGAAACACAGGAUUCUUCUGUUCUGGCUCAGUUGGGGUGGCCCGACAUGCGAAUACCAAUUCUCUAUACCAUGUCAUGGCCAGACAGAAUAUACUGUUCUGAAGUAACUUGGCCUCGACUUGAUCUUUGCAAGCUUGGUUCUCUGACUUUUAAGAGUCCUGACAACAAAAAGUACCCGUCCAUGAAUCUUGCCUAUUCUGCUGGACGUGCUGGGGGCACCAUGACUGGAGUUCUCAGUGCAGCUAAUGAGAAAGCUGUAGAGAUGUUUAUUGAUGAGAAGAUAAGCUAUCUUGAAAUCUUCAAAGUUGUUGAGCUAACAUGCGACAAGCACCAGUCAGAGAUGGUGGCUUCACCUUCCCUUGAUGAAAUUAUCCAUUAUGACUCGUGGGCACGAGAGUAUGCAGCUACUAGUUUGCAGAACUCUUCCAAUCCAAGACCUGUUCCAGCAUGAGAGGAGACAACUUUGCCAUUGUUGACCAGGGUGGUAAAACUUUAUAGAAUCUGAAUUUAUGCUGAGAAUCAUCAUGAUUUCCCUCUAAUAGUGGCAAAUAAAAGUAGAGGAGAGUGUAGGGGUUUGGGUGAGUUAACAAAAUGUAUCUUCAUAUACAUGUAAAUAUUCAUCCAAAAUGUUCUUCCCCAUUAGAGAAAAAAAAAGUUAAUUGAAAUGCUUAAAAGCAUAUUCCCUGGCCAAGGCAAUUGUCUCAAAAGAGAAGAAACAAGACAAUUAAUGCAAAUCAAUUUUGUAUUUGAAAAUUCUUAAUGUGAUUCCAUUUUCUUGUCA